CUUCAUUUACUCAUUCCAACGAUUAUUCAUUGACAUUUACUCUUAUUUCCACUGCUAACAAGAAAAUAACACCAAAUGUCCGUCAACAUCUUCGCCGAUGAGGCAACAGAAGAACGCGCCGAGUCCGCCCGUCUCUCUUCUUUCGUAGGCGCAACCGCCCUCGGAGACAUCGUGAAGUCCACCCUUGGGCCCAAAGGGAUGAACAAAAUCCUCCAGUCUGGUUCUACCGGCACCGUAAACGUCACGAACGACGGUGCUACGAUCCUCAAGUCUAUCCAGCUUGACAACCCUGCCGCGAAGAUCCUUGUCAAUAUUAGCAAGGUGCAGGAUGACGAGAUCGGGGAUGGGACGACGAGUGUGUGCGUGCUGACUGCUGAGCUGCUGAGGGAAGCGGAGCGCUUGGUGAAUAGCAAAGUCCACCCACAGACGAUUGUAGAAGGCUUCCGGCUCGCCUGUAUCGAGGCGCUUAAAGCGCUUGAAAGCAGCGCUGUGGAUAAUCGUUCAGACGCCGCUCGCUUCCGUCAGGACUUGUUCAAUAUCGCUCGGACGACGCUGAGCUCCAAGGUGCUCUCGGCGGAUAAGGAGUACUUUGCCAACCUAGCGGUGGACGCCGUGCUGCGCUUAAAGGGCAGCACGGACCUUGAUCAUGUGCAGGUGAUCAAGAAGGUCGGAGGAAAGCUGACAGACAGUUAUCUGGAUGAAGGCUUCAUCAUGGACAAGAGUAUCGGUGUGAACUGCCCGAAGCGGAUGGAGAACGCCAAAAUCCUUAUUGCUAAUACUUCAAUGGACACGGACAAGAUCAAGAUUUUCGGAGCGCGGGUAACGGUCGACAGCACUGGCAAGCUCGCCGAGCUCGAGCGGGCCGAGCGGGCAAAGAUGGCCGCCAAAGUCAAGUCCAUCGCCGGCCUGGGGAUCAACGUCUUCGUCAACCGGCAGUUGGUAUACAACUACCCCGAGAACCUGCUUGCUGAGAUGGGAAUCAUGAGCAUCGAGCAUGCGGAUUUUGAGGGUGUGGAGCGGCUUGCCCUUGUGACGGGGGGCGAUGUCGUGAGCACGUUUGAGGGCGCGGAGGCUGGGAAGGUCAGGCUGGGGAAAUGUGAUCUCGUAGAGGAGAUCAUGAUCGGCGAGGAUAAGCUAAUAAAAUUCUCCGGUGUCGCAGCCGGAUCGGCAUGCACCGUCGUUCUCCGCGGCUCGACAACCCAGAUGGUAGACGAAGCCGAACGGUCACUACACGACGCCCUGUCCGUCCUCUCGCAGACCGUGCUGGAGACGCGUACCGUCCUCGGAGGAGGGUGCGCAGAGACGACCAUGGCUGUUGCUGUUGAGCGCCUGGCGAGCCAGACGUCUGGCAAGCGUGCUCUAGCUGUCGAGGCUUUCGCUCGUGCACUGCGGCAGAUCCCUACUAUCCUCGCCGAUAAUGCCGGUCUCGAUUCCUCCGAGCUUGUAGCCCAGCUCAGAGCAGUGCACUUCGCCUCCCCUCCCCAGAAGGACGCUGGCCUAAACCUGGAUCUAGGAGAAGUUGCGGAUAUGAGGAAACUGGGCGUGACGGAGAGUUACAAGCUUAAGAGGCAGGUGGUGACGAGUGCUGGUGAGGCUGCGGAGAUGAUCCUCCGUGUGGAUACGAUUUUGAGAAGUGCACCGAGGAGACGAGAUGCGCAUUAGGUGGAUGAUUAUGGUUAGAGUUAGUGUAGGGAGAUCAUUAAUUCAUU